AUGAAACCUCCCUGGGGCAACUGGGCCCCCAUAGACCCCCUCAAGGGCGGCACAGACCCCAGGGAUCCUCCCAAAGGAGCCCCUGGGAGACACCCAAGAGCGGUGCAGAACCCUGGGACCCUCCCAGAGGCAGCAGGUGCCCCUGGGACCAUUAUAGAGGCAUCAGGGACCCCUGAAACCUUCCCAAUUGUGGCGGUGGCUCCUGGGACCUUACCAGGUUUGGCAGGGCACCUGCUGCCCUUGGAAAUGUCUCGGGGUGCCGCCGCUCCUGGGAGGGUCCCAGGGGCCCUCGCUGCACCUACGAGGGUUGCAAGAGCCCCCACCAAUCUUGAGAGAGUUAUUGGGUCCCCUGUUUUCUGUGGUUGGCUUCCAGAGGGCGCAGCCGGCCCUGCAAUGGUCCCUGAAGACCCCACUGCCCCUUAA